AUGGAGUUCCUCAAACCAUAUACACCAUCCACUGCGCCUAGCGUUCGUCCUUCUCUUCCCAGCUCGCUCCCCACGCAAGCAAGCUCCAAGACCGCUUCCCAUUUGGGAGAAAAUUCCAUUUCAUUAUACUCUUCACAGGAUAGCCUACAGCAGUAUCUCUCGCUGCCAUCAGCAGAUACACCAGAAAAUAUCGACGCAGCAUCAUGGGUAUCCAGUCAAGCGAGGGAAAAGUGCAACGAGAUACCCACUCAGCUGAGCAAAGCAUCAUCCACCCACAGUAUCCAGCAACUGCUUUUGGAAUGUCAAUCGAUUCCUAUUUCGUAUCAUCCACCUCCACCUCGCUUUGCACCAUCACCACCCUUACCACCACCACAUGCGUGCAAACCACUUCUGAGCCAUCCCCCGGAGGCCGGACCAAGCUAUUCCCGGGGAAAAACGCCAGACCGAGCCCUUCUUUUAUGA